GUGGGGCUUUUGAGUCUUUACAAGCAGUGUUGGUGAAUGGUGAGGACUUUUCUUUGCAUUAGUAGUGGAACUUUCUUGAAUUGAAGCUAUAGUGGUCUAGUGCAUGCGCUAGCUUGGCUUGUGUGACAUGGGCCGGCAACCUUGCUGUGAUAAACUUGGUGUCAAGAAAGGGCCAUGGACAGCUGAAGAAGACAAGAAACUCAUCAACUUCAUUCUCACCAAUGGCCAGUGCUGCUGGAGAGCUGUUCCUAAGCUCGCCGGACUCCGGCGAUGCGGCAAGAGUUGCCGUCUUCGUUGGACUAAUUAUCUUCGUCCUGACCUCAAGAGAGGUCUUCUUACAGAAGCAGAAGAACAGUUGGUUAUUGAUCUCCAUGCUCGUCUUGGCAAUAGGUGGUCCAAGAUUGCGGCUAGAUUGCCAGGAAGGACAGACAAUGAAAUCAAGAAUCAUUGGAACACCCAUAUCAAGAAAAAGCUUCUCAAGAUGGGAAUUGAUCCUGUAACACAUGAACCUUUCCACAAAGAAGCCAAGACUGAACAAAUCUCAUCACAUGCUGAUAAUUUUUUGCCGGAAACUACCAAUAACAUGGACAAUAACAACAACAACAAUUCCCAAGAAAAUAACGAUGGCAACGUUAACUCCUCGGAGGACAAUUCAAGCUCAUCGCCACAUGAAAAUUGUUGCAGCGAUGAAUCAGUUUUAUUAGAUAGUAUUUGCAAUGAUGAAACUUUAUUGAAUAGCUUGUGGAUGGACGAACCUUUUCUAGUGGACGCAUCGUGGAGCCAUAACAAUGAUAUUAACAAUAAUAAUCCUCCAGCAAUGGAAAAUACUGAUAUGGGUUUUCCAUAUUCAUCAUGGGAAGAUAAUUGCACCUGGUUAUUGGAUUGUCAAGAUUUUGGUGUCCAAGAUUUUGGAUUUGAUUGCUACGACAACAGCAUCGAAUUUAAUGCAUUAGAGAUGGAAGACAAGCGCUAGCAUAUGUAUAAUUCAUGUACAUAUCAUGAAUAUGAUAGAGGCAGGUAGGCUCUUCAUCCCACAGGACCCACACCAGCUAAAAAGCUCCAACCUGAAAACUAUGGUACGGAUCCAAGUAUGAAGUUAGGUUCUCAUCAAGUGCUGUAUUUCUUUUUCUUAUGCUUCAGAUUGGUGUUGGUGUUGGAGGAUUGAAGUAAACCUGCUUUUUAUAUUUUGAGGUUUCUCACCAACCAAAGUCAAAACAGUGAUACCAAACCAAAGAUCAUUAAAAUGUGACAUUAUUAUUCUUCAUGCUUUUACUAAAUGUUGUAAUCUUAUGUGUAAGAUGUAAUAGCUAGGGACAGGUUGGGGCACUGUCCCACAAAAGAAAAAAGAAAAAAAAGAAUUGCUAGUGGCCUUUUCAGGAAAUUAAUUAUACAUUUGUACAUAGUGUUGUAUGAUCACAAUGCAAAUGAAUUGGAUAAGUAUUAUUUAUUGUUCUAAA